AUGGCAUCUCCGUUCCCCAUCGACAACCUCCCCUACGGCGUCAUUUCGACCGCCGACAACCCAGCCCCGCGCUGUGCAACAGCCUUGGACGACACCGCCAUUGACCUCAGUGCAAUAGAGCAAGAUGGCCACUUCAAGUCCGUUCCUGGAUUCGAAGCAGAGAUAUUCUCCCAGACGACACUUAAUGUUUUUGCAGCCCUCCCCAAGUCCUCCCACAGCCAGAUUAGGGCUCUCCUAACCACUCUGCUGUCCAAUGCAGACUCUCGCACCAAAUAUGCAAUUUCACUGGACAAAGUGACCAACCAUUUUCCGAUGGAAACGAAGAACUUUUCCGACUUUUACUGCUCCCUCGAGCAUACCCAAAACUGCAGCAAAAUAAUGAACAUCUCCACGCCCUCAAACUGGUUCAUAAUCCCCAGCGUCUACAACGGCCGCACCUCCAGUCUCCGCAUCUCCGGCACGCCCAUCCGUCGCCCGAACGGCGUCUUCAGCACCAACAACAAUAACAAACCCGCCUUCCAACCCUCCGCCCGGUUCGACUUCGAGCUCGAAAUCGGCCUCUUCCUCUCCCGUCCCCUACCACCAGGUUCCAUCCUCGACAUCGCCGACGCCCCGGGGUAUAUCUUCGGCAUGGUGCUGCUGAAUGACUGGUCCGCGCGGGAUAUCCAGGGGUUCGAGAUGGUGCCCCUAGGUCCGUUCCAUGGGAAGGGGGCCGGGACGACGAUCUCCCCGUGGAUUGUGACGAGUGAGGCGUUGGGUGCGUGUACGGCUGCCAGUGCGAAAGUGCAGGAUCCCCCGCCGUUGAGGCAUUUGGCUUGGAGGGGACACAAAGAAGAGGAGACGUGGGAUGUUGAGUUGACGGCUACGGUUAGGAGGAAUGGAAGGUCGUAUAUCGUCACGGAGACGAACUUGAAGGAGCUCUACUGGACGCCGUAUCAGCAGCUGGCGCAUCUUGCGAGUGCAGGCGAGGGACUGAGUGCCGGGGAUAUAUUCGGGACUGGGACUGUGACGAGCGCGCGUAUGAAUACCAACGGGGAGAAUAUGGGUAUAGCAUGUCUGCUGGAACGCCAUUUGCCCGAGAACAAACUGGCCACUCUGACUGGAAACGGUAUUGGCUUUCUUGAGGAUGGGGAUGAGGUUGUUAUCGAAGGCUGGUGUGUGAAUCGGCAUACUGGAAAGAGAUUUGGGUUUGGGGAGUGUAGUGGUGUCGUUCUUCCUGCUUUGGCUGUUGAUACUUAG